AAUUAAAGUGCUAAAGCAGUGUAAAAAGUUACAUGUUGAAGCUAUGAAAAAUUGCGUGCAACAAAAAACGUUACAAUGGCCGCCACAUCGCUGAUUAAAAAAUCACAUAAGAAAUAUAAAGAACAAAAAACAUUGCCAAAUCAUAAAACACAAAAUAAUUGGCUAUGGCGAAACUGCAGAGGCAAUCACCAACGGAUUGGCACAACAAUAAAUUGCUGGUUGGUGAUGGCAUUACUCGCACUGUCCGCAUCUUACAGCGGCGCUGAUUACUACAACAAUGGCGAUGGUUGGCGGCGACCACCACUACUACAACCACCACUACAGCCACUCCCACCGCCCUUGGGUACAUUGCAGAACGUCACUUGUAUAGCGCAUGACACCAAAUUCACUUGUGAUUGUCAGCAUAUGAAUCAGCGCCUACAGCUGCCCCACCUGAUCGGCUAUGUGUUCCAAGUAGAGAUAAGUAAUUGCAAGUUUUUGACCAUCGAAGCCAAUGCACUGGAAGAUACGCAAGGUUUGCGUAAAAUUAAUUUUAAGAAUAUCGAAAAUUUAAUAUUAAACAAAUAUGCGCUGGCCUUUCCACGGUACGCGAGCAAUACACCGCUUAUUAUCGAAUUCGAUAGGGUGAAUUUCGAGUUAAUUGAUUCGCAUGCAAUCAAUGGUAACAUAGAAGAGAUCUCAUUUAUUGGUGGACGCAUCGAUGUGAUACAUCCAUUUGGUUUCACAACACUCAAAGAUCGCGCUAUUCUACUGAAAAUGGAUAAUGUGCUGGUUAAGCGAAUAGAACCACAGGUAAGAGUGGUACAAUUUCAUAGGAUUUAUUGGAUUCAGUUUUAUUAUACAGG